AUCGAUAAUCGAUAGCGCUCCAAUUGGUGGUACCCCACUCUUUCAGACAUGGCACACCUGCGUGAGACCUCAGACAAGGCGCUAAAGUUACUGCGGACACUUCCGCGAGUCCAGAUAGGUAAUCUGCGACCAAAUCCCAACUCCAAACAAAAUGACAAGCGCGGCAGAGCUCAGCAUGGUGGUGACAAGCAUGGAGCCGGAAACAAGGGAUCAGGACAGAGGCAGAACUUUAUGCGGUUGGGCUACGAAACUGGAAACCAGCCCUUCUACCUUCGGUUCCCCUAUGAGCCGUAUUAUAAGGGCCACCACAUGAAGCGUCAGUACCCGCCAAUCUCGCUGCUCCAGCUGCAGGUGCUCAUCGACACCAACCGCAUAGACAUCAGCCAACCCAUAGACAUCAGUACCCUAUGUAAUUCGGGUCUUCUAAAGCUGAAGCCUGCCGAAUUGGAAUAUGGCUUCCAGCUCACCGACGAUGGGUUGGAUAACUUCAAGGCCAAGAUCAACAUCGAAGUGCAGCACGCCAGCGAGGCGGUAAUAGCGGCUAUUGAGAAAAAUGGAGGUGUAAUCCGAACCGCCUAUUAUGAUCCUCGCAGCCUUCAUAUGCUUGUCAACCCAAAGAAGUGGUUCCAAAAGGGAGUACCAAUUCCCAGCAGGAUGCUUCCUCCUCAGGAUGCAGUGGAUUACUACACGAACCCGAAAAAUCGGGGCUAUCUGGCCAAUCCCGAAGAGAUCAGCCAGGAUCGUCUUGUGCUGGCCCAAAAGUAUGGCUACGAACUGCCAAAGAUUGAAAAGGAUUCCGCCUACGAGAUGCUCACCACCACCAAGGAUCCCAGACAAGUGUUCUACGGCCUGGAACCUGGCUGGCUGGUCAACAUAGUGGACAAAACCAUAACAAAGCGCAAGGUUUUAUAAUUUCUGUUUGUUACUAUGCAUUUUGUUAAAUAAAGAAGUGGGUUAUAAAAAGCUGUAAAGACUAUGAUACUGUAGGCCAUUUUGCGUGGCCGUGUCUACUAAA